AUGAAUAUUCUAAACUUAGAUUCAAAAGCAUUUGAGAUUCAGGUUGGUGAUCAUGUGUUUUUGAGAGUGAAUCUUGUAACCGGUGUUGGACGUGCUUUGAAGUGUAGGAAGUUAACUCAUCGUUUUGUUGGACCGUUUGAGAUUAUUGAGAAGUUACGGAAGUAUGUGUAUGAUGCGUCACAUGUGAUUCAAGUGGAUGAUUUGGAAGUAAGGGAUAAUUUGACCGUUGAGACUUGGCCAGUUAGGAUUGAGGAUCGUGAAGUGAAGCGUUUGCGAGGCAAAGAGAUCGUUUUGGUGAAGACAAUGCCUCUCAAAGCUACAAAGUCAAGUUAUUACCUCUGA